AUGAGCGAACCGUUCUCCAAGGAUCCGCCGCCGGGCGGAGGCACUGGCUCGCGGGGCCAGCCGCCGCCCGGUGCGCCAGUGCCGGAACAGCCCGACGACAAUAGAGAACCGGCGCUUCAGCCGCCUUCUUCUGAAACUACGGUUGGACAAGUCGGCGAUGAAGAGGGUAAUCAGGAAACGGAAUCCUCGACAGAGCGGCAGCUGCACCAAGAAGAAGACGUCCGUUUCGUCAGGCAUUUUACCGACUAUCAAAUAGAGCAGUAUCUGCCGCGCGAGGAUGAUGUCGGGCCGGACAGCCGCCAUUCCCCCAGGUCGGCGAGUCUCAGCAUGGGCCCCGUGUCCAGCAUACAGUACACCGUGUCCAUAACGGCGCCCUCGCAUGAGGAACCCGGAGACCUUCCUACUGUUGGUUCUGGUGCAUCAGGCGGAACUUCAGCGCGUGGUGGCGGUGGUGCCAGCAGCGCCGCUACAGCGAGAUCCGGUGCCGAGUCUACGGCCCGGCGACCACAGCACGUCAACAUCGUUGUGAUGCUCAACCCGACCGCCUCCGGUACCGACAAAAGCAGACCCAGUCCCUCCGCUCAAUCGUCGCCCAAAAAGUUCAAAACUCCUGUGCCACGCGCGAAAUCCUCAUUCGAGGUCGGCUCCCUGGACAAAAGCCACAAGCCCGAGUUCAGUCGUAGCGGGGGCGCCAAGAAGUGCCGCUCCGUCAACCUCGAACACAUCAAAGAAAAGGAUGUAGCAGAGCUCGUGCGCUUUCUGAACGCCGCGUUCGCGGCGCAGAGAACGGACUCAACGACCAUGUUAUCGCUGUCGGGUGUCCUGCCUUCCUCGACCAGUGAUCGUGGAAGAAUUCGGUUUGACGAUGAGACCAUCACCCGGCCGCCGAUGCCAAAACCGGACACACAGGAGGAAGCCGUCCAGGUGGAGGAGCCACCUAAGUCCGCGUGUUCUACAGGCUCUCAAACUGAAGGACCGUUAUCAGCCGGGUCCGAAACGUCUCAGCAAGUCGCGGGUGAAAGGGCCAGAGGUCCAACUGAAAGGGUAUAUUUGCUGAGUGAAGAGCAGGUCAGACAAGCGUUUGGCAGUGAUGACGUCAUUGUACGGUUUCCUCACAUGGACGUGCCACUGCGGCGGGUGAGUUCCGAUCGUGGAAAGACAGGUACAAGCACCUCGGACGACAGCGGAAGUCGAGCAGAGAUACCCAGAUGGCUUCAAGAGUUCUUCACCAAAAGUGACAGCUCUGUGGCAUUGAGGUCUCGCCGUUCGCCAGAUGCUCAAGGUUCGGUGGCCCCGAUCAUCGAGGAAGCGGAAGUGUCUCAAACAGCAGGAAUCGAGUCCCGUCAACCAGCGUUGAGAGAAAACGCCCUCGUCGAGCUCAAAGAUGAAGCGCCCCGCAGCACCCUACUCGUAGAGCGGUCAACGCCUCAAGAGAUGCAGCUAACGCCAGCGGAAGUCGUGGAAGAAACAAAAGAAGAGUUGUCUGGGGGUCUUUUUCCCGGAACUUGGGAGUCGGACACUGAAGACACAAAGAAAUUGGCAGACGAACAACUCGAGGAACGACGACCACGCGAUGACGCAUUGACCGUUGACGCUGUUGAAAAAGAAGAUGAGGCAACGCUUCAUUUGGCACAGAAACCAGCCGAAGAAGCACCCCAUGUCGAAGCAAGAGUCUGGACAGCGGAAUCUGGGCUCGAAGAAUCCAUUUCAGAGGAUGAACUUCUUGACCACGAUGCAAAGAAGGGAAAGAAAACGCACUCAAAGAAAGCAGCAACCAAAUGCAUGUCUCUCGUGGUCAUACCUACACCCGACGAGAAAAUACAAAGCCCACGUCAUUCAAUCGACCUUACAGCAAAGGAUAGCUUUGAGGGAAUGAACGCGAUCGAAGGAACUGUGACGGCGCCACUGACCCAGCAAGAAUACCCUGCAAUCACUUAUGACGUAUCUAAGCCCCCAGAAUCGGCGGCAGGGAGGCACGACGCGGCGUCUACUGAAAGAAGAAAGCGCGAGAAAAAGCCACUGACAGGAGCAGGAAGAACUGGCGCGAUGAGUGACAUGAGAGCUCCCGAAGAAGCUGGUACAGGGAUGAGAAAAUACCACAUUCCUGACGGAAACGUUACCGGCCAGUCUGACAAGCCAGAAACAGGCAAGGAAGCAUCCGGGGAGGCCCGCCAAGAAUUUGCGGAAGGAUUCCCGAUGAAUGGGCUUGAAGGAGCUGAACUUUCUGGAGCCAGGAAGGUAGCGUCACAUGAACUCGCACCGGCAGAUGUUUGGCCAGAGUACGGCAAGGAAGCAAGGGCUGAGGAAGGAGAUCAAGAGUCCGCCCCUCCGAAACCAAUGCCGACAGACGCGACUUUAGUGGGAGAGGUACCAGCCAUGACAGAAGUUCCGACGGAGCAGCAACUACCUAUGCUUGAACUUGCCCCAUUAGAAGAGGUGCCAGCACUAGAGCGGAAGCCAAGCACCGAGGAGAUUUUGCAUCAAGAGGCUCCUCUUAAAGUUGCAACCGCAGAAAGAUACGGUUCAGAAAGUGCGCCCUCAGAAAAGCCAUCAGUAGAAAAGUUAUCUUCGCUCGACCUUGUCUCUUCGGAAGGGAAAACGGCGAGCGCUGAGGAAAUCUCGGAAAUUUGUCCACAAGAAGCACUGCUACUCGAGUCAGUGUCCGGCAGUGGGGAAUUGACGGAAUCUGGGUAUCCGACGAUGGAAUUUCUGCUGGCACAAAUCCCAGCUUUGGAAAGGGCUCCGCUCCGCCGAGCACCAUCCGGAGAGAGCCUUCAGGAAAAACAAGUGCAAGAAAGUUCAACAAAACUCUCCUUAGAGCCCCGCACCGCUGCCCCAUCUUCUGAGCUACCCUCUGCUAAGCUGAAGCCAAAAAAGAAACGAUCUCUAAAGAAAGCAUUACCAUCGACAGGCCUUCCACAACCCUCCUUCGAACCGAAGGCAAAGCCCCACGAGGCAGACAAGCUUAAGCAGCAGCUGCGUCAACGACUUGCCGAAGAAGCAGUCGAAGAAAUAAAGGCGUUAGAUGUCACCGCUUCCCCGUGUUUUGAACUACCUUCCACUGAGCUGAAGCCAGAAAAGAAGAGGCGCCCUCCCAAGAAGCCGGAAGAGCUACCAGCAGCACUUCCUUUCAUGCCAGAAAAAGAAAAGCAAGGAAAGGAGGACCUCACACCUGAAGGUUUGGUGCAAGAAAAAGCGGGAGAGGAAAUCAGAAGAGAAACCUUCCUAUUAGAGGUGCAUGAACAGGAAACACUAAAUGAGGCACUUGCCGCGGAAGCAGCACCAAUAGUCGAACUAACAGAAGUCCCUCCAGGGAGGGUAUUCACAGAAGAGUCACUUAUGCCGGCAUCACCAGAACGAGUAAUGGAGGAAACAGAAAUUACAAUUUUGGGGGUGCAGGGACAAGAACUGCUACCGGAAGCAGUAGUGGGAGAAACUCCUGUAGUGGUGUCUGCUGAGGGUGUCGCUGAGCCGAUGAGGCAGGAGGAAAUGGCGGAAGCUGUAAUAGAAGAACUUGUCCUGCCAGGGGUGAUGGAACAUGAUGCCCUCACCGAAACAACGCAGGAGGGAGAACUGGUCGUCAUUGUAACGGCCCCGGAAUCUCAAGGAUUGGCAGUUGAAGGUAUGCCACAAGACGAAACAGAGGAGGCCGCAGGCCUAGAACUACUCCUACCCGAGGUGAAGGAACAAGCAGCAUUAAUUAAAGUACCUGUUGAAGAAACAUCAGGACUAACAGAAGUUCCUUCAAGGAAGGUAUCCGAAAAAGUAUAUUCUGUGCCGGAAUCGCCAGACGAAGUAACAGAUGAGCUGAAGAUUUCGAUAUAUGGGGUGCAGGAAGAAGAAGUAACAGAGGAGCCGAAGAUAUCGAUAUAUGGGGUGCAGGAAGAAGAGCCACUACCGCCAGCAGCCGCCAGAGAAAUUCCUCAAAUGGUCUCUACUGAACGUGCCGUUCAGACGACGAGGCAGGAGGAAAUGGCGAGAGCUGUAAUACCGGAACUUGUACUACCAGUGGUAACGGAAUGUGAAGCCAUUACCGAAAAGACCCGAGAGGAAGAACUGGUCGUCAUUGUAAUGGCAACGGAAUCUCAAGGAUUGGAAGCUGAAGGUAUGGCACAAGAGGAAACGGAGGAGGCCAUUGGACGAGAACUAUUCGUACCAGAGGUGCAGCAACAAGGAGGAGUAACUGAAGGACUUGCUGCAGAAUCAGCGCCAUCUGUGAUAUUGACAGAAGUUCCUUCGCUCUCAACAGAGGCGCUACUUCCGCCAGCACCGGCAGACCAAGUAAAAAAAGAGCCACAGGUGAUUACUUUAGAAGUACAGCCUGUGGCUCUCAAGGAAACAAUCGAGGCGUCAGCCGGUAGUUCGGCUGAACCGAUGGUUCGCAUGGGAGAAACAUCACUGAUCCAAGACAUCACCCGCCCCGAAAUUCUUGUGGAGGAUGUCCUCGAACAAGCACCGUCACAUAAGGAAAAGACAACGGAAGCAGGAGGUGAAGAGGGAGCUGUCCAGGCAGUGAGACCAGCCGGUGUGCUUUAUGUAGAGCCUCCUCCCUACCACCUCGAGUACCUCUACGUGCCAGAAUUCAUUGCACGAGAGCAGCCUACGGGUGUUCCUAUUAAAGAAAAGACACCGGUCACUGUCGACGUCAAAAGUGAUCAGCGCAACUUGCUACAAGAUGAUAUCGCAAACGGACUUUUCUACUACUCUCGGUUCACUGAAGCUUUCGGGCAAUCCGAAACGCCCUGCGAUGCCGACCUCGAAAGCAUAAAGCUGGAAUUUGACCGGCUACCUUUUCCUCCAGAGCAGCAGCUAUCGGGAGUCAGGAAGGACGCGACCGGAAAAGCGCGGCGCAGCUCAUCGUCAUCCGACUUUAGCUCAUUUUCAAUUCCCGCUGACGCCAUCACGAGAAGAAUCCUUCGUGACGUCACAACGGUCGAGCGUUUUCAGAGACUUCUGCCGUCGACCUACGAGAACGCGGCAUCCGACGACGCUUCGUCGAAGACUUCCGUUGUGGGACACAAGAGCAAUACUUCUAAGGAUAACCUCGAAGUCUUAACAACUGAGAAGAUCACUCACAUGAAAGAGAAACUUGAAUACGUCGAGCCCAUAGCGUCGGAGGAUUUUUCGUCUGCCGCUUCUCGUCGAAACUCGGACGAGGAGAGCAAGUCUGCCGAAUUUAUAACAAGGACAAUUGUACUUCGAAGUGAAAGGGAUGAAGAGAUGCAUUACGGCGAGUCCGUGCCCUUGAGCUGUUUCAAUGGUGGAAGGCCGACGUAUUCUGCAACAGGCAUCGAUGAAUCGCGCACACAGGAUGAAAACAAAAAGCCGUCGUACACGGACGACGAUCGCUUCGUCACGGCCAACGUCAAGAAGGAGACGCGUGUAAAGGAGACCUAUCAAAUCGUGAAGCCCUUGAAACCAGCCAAGAAGGUGAAGUCUACUGAUGGAGACCCGCAGUCAAAGAAGCUUGUCAGAAGUGCCGUCCGAAAUGACGUCAUACUGAAGCAGUUUCUCAGCGAGGCGGAACGUCGAAGAUUAGAGGUCGUCGAGGCUGAAAUGAUUGCCUCGUUGCGGCCCAGCGUCGCCGAGGAAGAAGCAGGAAAGCUCGUUCCAUUUGCGACGGACCAACAGCAGCCUCAAGCAAGUCGACAAAAGCGAACGCGCAGUCCUUGCUCGCGGCCUUUAGACAGGGACUUCGCGGACGAACUACCUUCAGUCGACGAGUUGGAGUUGGGUUUCCACCCGCCGAUGGGCAUCGGAUCGCCACCACGUAAGAUUGAUGCAAGAACCGUUAUGAAGGCGGCUGACAUGCCGGACAUUCCGUCUGCCGAGGAGACCGAGGUCGUGACCACACGCUACACCUUCGGUGCGAAAAGCGCCGCCCCACGCCCGACGAGCGUUGUUGAGAUGACGGUGCUGCACUCGGCUUCGGACGCACCAUCCGUAGAAGAAGCUGACUUUCCUAUAAGUCCGCAGCCGUCCGGGGAGGAAGCGCAGCGGCAGCGCACUGACGGGAUGACUAUCCGAGGGCGUCAGUCGGAAAAAGCGAAGCCGUCGUGGAAUGCAGCAGUCGAGGCGCGAAGACUGCCAGAUGUCGAGGACAGAUAUUCGCCAGCCUCGGUCGCGACUAGCAAGUUCGGGACCCAACAGCCGACGGAGCCAAGCGCUCAUGCUUCCGCUAAGGAGAGUGGCGCUUCAUGUUCAACACUAUACACAGUACCUCAGCCCGCAGUGAAAGAAACUCCGGAACAUGAGCGUCAGCAGAACUGUGAACAGGAGUCCCUAAAGUCACACGAUCAAGCAAGUGUACAGGAAGGAAAGGCUCAUAUUGAGUCUUUGAGAAAGGACGCUUCUUCCGACGAACGAAUGUCUUCGCUAAAGCACAGUUUCAAGGAAAUCACAGCUAGCGAAGAGAGUCCACCGCAGCAGGAACCUGAAGUUCCUGAAGUGCCGUUCAUUGCGCACCCUAGUUCGUCGACGUACAAACUUCUUGACAAUGCCUCGACACCCGACACCACACAGGCUGUGCCUACUCUCGAGCCCGAACCAGUGUCUCGUAGUCAGUCAGGCUCGCCAGAGCCGCACCGCGCUUACAAGAUUAUCGAUGAGGCGGCAGAUGAAAAACCCGUGGAACAGCAUGAAGAGAUAGUGCUCGAGCCCGUCUCUACUCGUCGCGAUAGCCCCACCUACCGAAUGUACUCCCGCGAAGGUUCGGUGCAGGAACCCCUCGCUGCUAUUGAACAGGACGUGGUGACCGAAGAGCCGUCUAAAGGAGAAUCGGCAUCACAAGAUGCCGACGAGAGUAUCCCGCUGGAGAAAUUUGACAAGGAUAACGUUGCUUCCGAGGACAACCAACCACAGGAACCUCAGAUAGCCGACACACGUGUCAUCUUGCGCCCCGCCUCACCUACAUAUCAUUUGGUUGAGAUUCGCGCAACACCAGACAGUACUGUGACCGAGUCGAACAUGGAACCCAAGCUACCACCUCCUCCUCCUCCACGAAUAGCUUCACAGGAUGCACACCCGACUUACAAGAUUAUCGAUAUCCCCGCUGAAGAGGAACUCAAAGAUCAACAUGAAGAGUUUGUACCGGAGAGUUCGACCUCUGGGGAACGAGAGAACACGAACGUGACCACGACGAUGGGACGCGAAAUCAGGCUGCUGCGUCAGCAACGAUGA